GGCUUUGGAGGAAUGGCAUGUUGUUGCUAGGCAACUGUAGUAUCUCAACAAACUUUUUAAACACCGUUUUUUAGUGACUGGGAGAAUGAAGUAGUAAAAUAAACUACUUUCCUUAGCUGAGGCAGCAUUUAUCUGAUGAUAUUUUAUGAGCCCCCGUAGGUGGAAGAGCACCACUGAAUUCCACAUGAGCAGCGUAACCAAUUGAAAUGAAGGUUCAUUCGGAUGUGUGCGGCCAAUCAGAUAAUGAAUCUGGAGACGAAGAUGAAGACCGCGAGGAACAGGCAACGUUUAAUGGCUCUGAUACUGAAAGUGUAGAAUUAACUUUGACUGCACUGGGUGACCCUCUCGCGGAAACAGCUGAGGUUGUAGAAGAAGCUCCGAAUUCUCACAGUGAAAUCGGAGGCUUCGGAGGAAUUGAUUUGAAUUUGUCAUUAACAGCAGAUGAAGCGCCCGUAAAGAAAAAGAAGAAAAAACGAAGGCUAAUUGGAAUUAAUUUAACCAACUGCAAAUAUGAAAGUGUGCGUCGAGCUGUGCGAGUUUGUGGCCUUAAGGAGGUCGGGGAUGGUGAAGAAUGGACAGUUUACUGGACAGACACCUCUGUGUCUUUGGAACGGGUCAUGGACAUGAAAAGAUUUCAGAAAAUCAACCACUUUCCAGGAAUGAAUGAGAUAUGCAGGAAGGACUUACUGGCCAGGAACAUGAACCGCCUGUUAAAGCUGUUCCCCAAGGAAUAUAACAUCUUUCCCCGGACGUGGUGUCUGCCUGCGGAUUAUGGAGAUUUCCAGGCCUACUGUCGCACCAAAAAAAACAAGACCUAUAUCUGUAAACCAGACACGGGCUGCCAAGGCAGGGGUAUUUUCUUGUCACGUAAUAUGAAGGACAUUAAACAUGGUGAUCACAUGAUCUGUCAGCAGUAUAUUUCCAAGCCGUUCCUCAUCGAUGGAUUUAAAUUUGAUCUGCGGAUAUAUGUCCUUGUCACAUCUUGUGACCCCCUGCGCAUUUUUAUCUAUAAUGAGGGUCUUGUACGCUUUGCAACAAUGAAUUAUACCGAACCCAGCCACGCGAACCUGGAUGAUGUUUGUAUGCAUCUGACUAAUUAUGCAAUCAACAAACACAAUGAAAACUUUAUUAGAGAUGAUAUGACUGGAAGUAAAAGGAAAAUUUCAACACUAAACAGCUGGCUGGAAAAUCAUGGCUACGAUACUGUAAAGCUCUGGGGAGAUAUUGAGGAUGUGGUCAUCAAGACCCUGAUUUCUGCCCAUCCUAUCCUGAAGCACAAUUAUCAGACUUGCUUCCCAAGCCAUGUUGCUGGUAGCGCAUGCUUCGAGGUCCUUGGAUUUGACAUCAUUCUGGAUAAAAAGUUGAAGCCAUGGCUACUAGAAGUGAAUCACUCCCCAAGUUUUACCACUGACUCGCGUUUAGACCGAGAAGUCAAGGAUGCGCUCCUGCAAGACACCCUUAAUUUAAUCAACCUCCGUGCGUGCGACAAAAGAAAAGUUCUUGAGGAAGACAAGCGCAAAGUCAAAGAACGUUUACUUCAGCGCAUCCUACCAAAAGAAGCAAGACGUGAGCAGUUGGAAAACACCCAGGCUGAAUGGCUGGAGCAGGUCGAAAAAUAUGAAGACUGUCAUCUUGGAGGCUACCGCCGUAUCUACCCCAGUGACGGAACGGAGCAGUAUGAAAAGUUCUUCAAACACAGUGGCUCUUUGUUUCAGGAAACUGCUGCGUCAAAGGCAAGAGAGGAGUGUGCUAGGCAGCAGUUGGAGGAGCUUCGGCUGAAAAAAGAGCAAAAGGGUACUGGGAAGAAGAGAGAGAAUAAGGACAGUAUGCAAGGAGAAUCAGCAGGUGAAAAGCCUGCCACGUUUAAAGUAACUAAGAGGCCUCCAACUCGUCCUCCGUCUAUUAGCAAUAGGAAUAUGGAAAAAAAGGAAAACAAAAUUGAUUCCAUGAAACCAACUGACAUUGACGAACAAGAAGAACUGGAGAGAUUGCGGGGUCUUCAGCAGAGAGAGAAGCUAAUCAGUGGCAUGGGCAUCGUGGAUCUUGUACAUAAGCUUCUUAGUGCUGCAGGUCCCAGAGCUGGUGACCUCCAGGAAUCUGACUACUCUCUGCUUCAAACUGAAACAAAGCAACCAGCUAGCCAACCACGCAUAACUCGCCCAUUGAUAAUGUGUCAAGAAAUAGACGGUGUAACACCCGUUCUUCCUAUGCCUAAUUUGGGAUCAAGAGACACAGCAUCACACGCCACUGCGCAGGCCACAGGCAGCCAUCAGUCACAUAGGAAUUUGCCAUAUUUCCCAAGAUUCUUGCGGUCAGGAGAAGGAGAACCUCCAUCAGCACAGUAUUCUACCGGGAGAUACGCACACCAAAAAGCCACGAUGUUGAAUGGGAGCCAAAAUGUAUGGGCAACUGCUGCUUUCUGUGAGCCAGUUUCAAUUUCAAAACCUCCAUCGGGUGGCUGUCAGAGGAGGCUCUCCAGUGCCAAAAACAAGGCUGAACAGAAAGGAACAAGAUGCAAGAAACCAUCUGGCAUUUCUUCUGGCUCUCUGAACACUAUUCCCCAUGGUGCAAGAUGUCCUAACGUGCCUGGAAGUGGUUUCUCUCUUCCUACUGUUUGCGGAACUCAACUUGUAAAUCGAUCUUUAGUUAUUGCGUCAUCUUCUGCCCCAACUGCACAACGCACACAUCAUUUGAAGCAACAGACUGCGGGUGUCUUUAACUUGAAAACAAAUUGGUAGUUCAAUGAUUCAAUGGAACCUUGGCCAUUCCAGAGUGGCCGCUUGAAACAAAUUCUUCACGCAUGGUACAAAAAUUGUGUUUCUGUUUUAGGAGAGACCUGGGUAAGUGCCAGCCUCAACCAGGACACAAUUUGCUUUGGAAAACAUAAUCUGGGAGUUCAAUGUUCAUAUUGAAAUAAUGGGACUUGUAUCUUGCACUCUUUAAAUCUAAGAAUAAUGAUAUAAUAGCUGCACAGGCCAGACACAUCUCUAGGGUUGUCUUAAAGGAAAAUAUCUGGCUAAAGUAUUAUAAUUGUAUUGAUAUGUUGUGCUACACAGUUUGUUUCACAGCCAAAUAGUUUAGAUUUUUUUCUACACAAUGCCACUAGCAGUUUUUGUUGCAAACAUCAAAAUUCUAAGCAAGUGUUAUUAUGGAAAUAUAAUUGACUGCAAAUACCAUUGUGAUGAAGCAGGGAGGCCACCGUAGAUAGAUAAGUGAAGUGUUAGCCAGUUCUCUUAUAGUGUAAACCCUUUACUUCUAUUCAUAAUCCCAUGUCCUUAAAGAAAAUGCCUUAAAUAAUAAGUAGCAAUAAAGGUCCCUAUUGCCACCCCCACACCUUACUUUCCACCAUGAGCCGUGGAAGGGGAAGGUAAGCCCAGCCUAGCAGCUGAGCAAUUAGAAAAGUUGCCUUAUUUAUAUGUAUUUUAUUGUUUUUAUGGACAAAUCUACACAAAUGUCACAUUUAACUGCUAUAUAAAGCAGUGCAAUUUGGUCAACUGCGUUGUGCUCUUCAGUGUACUGCAUAUACAUUAUACUGUUAAUAAAGCUGAUUAAAGAUGGUAUG